UAUGAAAAGUACUUAUAUUUUUGUUUAUAAAAAAAAUUAUAUAAUUAUUAUAACUACAUUGCUUCUAGUUUUUCAAAGGAAAGAAAUUCGCAGGACAAAAUUGUCAUUAUGUAUACGUAAGUCGUCAAAGAAUCUUUUGUCCUUGUAAAAGUAAUGAAAAUUAACUUUAGAGUAUCACGAGAUCUAACAUUUGAGAGUGUCUCUUAAAACAAUGUGUGUAUAGAGUGCUAAUUAUGAGAGAGAUAUACAUUUAUUCGAAAGUUAAAUAACACGCGGAGAUACAUCUAUUCAGCGGCGGUGACUCCGUUAAACACCGUUCGACCUGCUUGGACAAAUUUAUCAACGCCAAGUUGUCAAACGAUACUCCAGGACGUUGGUUCGCCGCUUGCCGGCUGUGUUAGAGGGAUCAGGUUUCUAAGGCGUCCUCAUAUUCUUAGGGGGAGGCAGGGAGGGAUGGAGUAAAGAGGAGGGGGGGGGGAGGGCCUGGGCUAGAGCAAGAGAAAAAAGGGGAACCGGGAACCACCUUACGAAACUCGUCUCGUGAGAAAUUCGGUGUAAACCCCCUGUCCCGGUGCCCCUGUCCCUUUAUUCGCAAAAUGAUCGCGUUUGAGGUGCGCGCCUAAGAGCAAACCUCAGUCGGUGACCACGUGCUUCCGCGCGAAGCAGUGCGUCGCGUGCCCGCGAUUCCCGGUGCGUUCGCGUGCGUCUCGUGUCGUCGUGACGUUAAUUGGAAAAUCGAUCGUUUAACGCGUUAUAAUUCGUCCCGUCGGUCCGCCGAUCGUCGUGAUUCCGUUCGAGAGUCGGGUGGUCAGGUCCGCGUACCCCGCGCUCGCGAGUUAUGUCGUACACGCGCAAGCACUUUAAGAGGACGCCGGUCUACGUGGUGGAGGACCACGAUGAGGCCUUACCGUUCAUAUAUCGGUGUAUGGGGUCGAAGCAUCUGCCCUUCGAAGGUAAUACUUUCGUACAUCUGGAUUCGCAUCCCGAUAUGCUGAUACCGAAGGAGAUGCCGGCCGAUACGGUGUGGGACAAGAAUCAGUUGUUUAGCGAGAUCAGCAUUGAAAAUUGGAUUCUGCCUGCAGUAUACGCAGGUCAUCUUAAGAACCUGAUCUGGGUGAAACCACCGUGGGCGAAUCAGAUGACCGACGGUGUACUGACGUUCCUCAUCGGCAAGCAGAAGGAGACCGGCUUGAUAAGAGUAACUUGCGCUGAACCGUACUUCCUUAGUGACGGUUUGUACGCCGCACCAGAAGAACUUGAAAAUACUCGCGAAGUCAUUCUGCAUGUAAUAACCAUCGGAGCUUUCAUCGAAGAUUCAACGAAGAAAGACGACUUCACAGCUGUCAGCUCAGCAUUGCGCCAAUAUCUUCCUGAAAAAGAUACUCCGUAUAUCUUAGACAUCGACCUCGACUUCUUCAGUACUAAAAAUCCCUUCAAAGAUCUUCAUGAGCGUGUAAACCUUUAUGACAAGUUGGCUCCUUUGUUUACAUAUAAGAGGGCCGAAUCAAAUGAUCCAGAGGUCCUAAAAGAAUCAAUGAUAGAGCGGAACCAACAACUCUCCGAAUUGAAGAAUCUUUUCGGUUAUUUAGAAGAGCACCGUUCUUUAAAGAGUUACGACGGUUUGAAGACAUCACGAUACGAAGCCGUGGAUCGACUUUUUCAAGAAGUAACAAGCGUCUACAGAGACCCGGAAAUCGAUUGGAUGUUAGUAUAUAAUGCAGGUUGCACUAUAGAUGAUACAGUUCUACCCGAUCAUGUGACGGAACCUAAUGAUCUCGAUCGUUUGAUUAAUGGAACGUUCCGUUUAUUUUUGACCGCUCUUCCUACGCCUCCAACAAUCAUCACUAUAGCCAGAUCCAGUGAGGACGAUUAUACUCCUGUCGAAAACGUUGAUCAGAUUCAAGUUGAUGUUCUCGACCAACUUCGUGAACGACUGGGAGCGGAAAUUGAUAUCAAAUUGAUUUAUCAAGACGAAGAACAACAAUAAUUAUUAAAAAAUGAUAUAACAUUUUAUUCUUUCCUUUUGUCCUUUAAUCCUUUUUUAUGAUUUGGCAAAUAAAGGUAUAAAUAAACACA